AUGGUCUCCGCAUUUCAAAUGCAGUCAUAUUACAGCAGGACACCGUUAACGGUUGACACCACUCAUGCUCAAAAGUUCUUUGAGGAGGAGGACGCCAACAUACUAGACGACAACAUCCUGGACCAGAGUGCACUCGACUCGGGUUUGGAGAUGUCGCCGCCCAUGGUGGAGAGCAGGAGAGACUCCUUCACAGUUGCGCCCUCACUCUUCUCACCAAAGACAGAGGAUUGGCAAUCUGUCGAGAUGCAAUCUGUACCGUCAAACAACCCCUUCAUCGAUCAACACAGCAACAACCCCUUCCUGCGCAUGGAUCAAAACCAGCAAGCGGCAUACCAAAACCAUGCCUGGCCAAUGACCAGCUCUGGAUCCGCAACCCCUCAGCUGCAGAGCUAUGAUGGUCUACCGGCCAUGGAGUACGACUCGACCAACCUCGCCAUGUUCCACAGGCCGGCAACCAUGCAGGCUCAAACACCAUUCACCAGCCCCACCAACCCGGUCCCCAUGUUCCAGCAGCUUGGCCAUGCCGCACCGCAGUCUAUCCCCACCUCGCCCCAGAAGGACCCCUGGAUGACUCAGGAUCUCAAGGGGCAGGCCAUGAAGAGGCCGCGUCCCGCCAGUCCUAUGAUCCGCUCGCACAAUGAUCUGAGGAGAGGUGAUGGCAUUCGGAAAAAGAACGCUCGCUUCGACAUCCCAGCUGAGCGCAACCUCAGCAACAUUGACCAGCUGAUCGCCCAGUCGACGGACGAGCAGGAAAUCAAGGAGCUCAAGCAACAAAAACGCCUUCUUCGCAACAGACAAGCAGCCCUUGACUCAAGACAGCGCAAGAAGCAACACACUGAGCGUCUUGAGGACGAGAAGAAACAGUUCACCGAAAUCAUCUCCACUUUAGAGGAGACGAUUACAAAACUCGAAGCCGAGUUGUCCAAGCUCGCCGUGGAUAACAGGAACUACCAGUCCUAUAUCCACGAACUGGAGGGGAAGCAGGAGGAGAUGAUCAGCAGGCACACCAUUGAGACGGGUGAGCUGCGGAAGAAGAUCAGCGUCCUGACCAACCAUGUGCAGACUCUUGAGGGUGCCGCCACGACCGCAUCCGGCUUCGCCGGUGCUUUUAACGAGAUGGACGGUAUCACCAUGGAUGGCUCCUGGGAUAACAUGCCAAUGUUUGGCGACUUCCCUAUGGAGCAGCCUGCCGAGGUGAAGCAGGAAAUGCAGAUUGUCCCCGCCAAGAAGCCCGAGGUUACCCUGCCGACCGACGACAAGCCUGCCCAGCAAGGUGGGCUCCUCUUCAUGCUCUUCCUUGUUGGCGCUUUUGUGCUUUCGAGCCGGUCGACACCCAGCAUCCCGCGCGUCUCUGAGGAUGUUCGCGCCGCGUCCGCGACCCUGUUGGAGAACGUGCUUAAAGAUGCGGGUGUGUCGCAAGUCCCCUCGGGCCUCCAGGCCAUGGCUCCGCAGCCAUCGGGCCCCAGCUGGGCCCAGUCGUCCGGGUCUUCGCUGCCUAUCGCCGCCGCCCCGAUGGUCGACAACGUCGCGCCUUCGAUGCUUGGCGAUAUGGCGGAUGCCCUCACGCAGCCCACUGAGCAGCAGACCAACGAGCAGAUCUUCUCGCUGUCAGCUGCGCAAUACAAUGACUUGACCUCGCAAGAUUUCCUCCAUAGUGCUCCGGCCGAAAGGUCUACGAGCCAAGGCAGACGCAAUCUUGCCGAGGCUCUUGCCAGUAUGCGCAGCUCGAACAAGCAGUCGGCUGCCGAGGUCUACACUCGGUCGCUACUUUGGGAUCAGAUCCCGAGCGACGUCGUCCGGACCUUUGCCAAGAUGGUCGCGGAGAGUAACAACGCCGCGACCAGAGGCGAAGGUCAGGCGUAA